UCGAAGUCUAGUGUGAGACGCGACUACGACGAGACAUUUUCGUUUUAUUAAUAUUAUUGUAUAAUAGCGAGUCUAAGUUCGGUACGCGGCACGGCCUAUUUUCAUUCCAGUGUAUUUUUGUCAAUUGUACAUAAUAAUUACGCACAUGCUAACGUUUAUUUUUAGACAUCAUCGAUGAACCGACUAAGCAAUCCGUCGACCACAGUAUUGACUAAUAUUUUUUAAUAUCUUGUCGAUACUUUUUGAAAGAUUACUAAUGAUUGAAAUAUACCACCUGUUACUUUUAAAAAAUAUUAUUGUUUAUUUUAAUAACUUAUUGGAUUUUAUAUGAGUGCACUCGUGAUCAAGUGGUAUCUAUUUAAACGAUGUCUGACCACCCGAGUGGUUCCCGGAUGCCGGAAAGUGACGAAGAAAAACCUAAAAAAUGUAGUUUCAAGCUUAUUUCAAAGAAGAAAAAAAUUAAAAAGACUGGUCGGAUAAGUAUUGGAGAUUGUGGAGAAGUCAUGGCUAAAACUUGGGACAAGGAACCAUUUAAAGAUAGAAAAACUAGAGGAUCUAAACGCGAACGAUGGCUUCUAACUCGUAAAACAUGGAGGUAUAUGGCCGACGCAGGUAGAAAACUAAUACCUGAAGGUGUGGCAAACAGACCGGAAGAUGUGCCAAAAAUUGAAGCUUAUUUUCAGGAAGUAUGUCAAAAAGAACCAAAAUUUUUGCUAUGGAGAAAGCAAUCUUAUCCUGGAGCAUUAGGUUUUAGGUCUAGGGGUAGACCCAGAAGUGGUAGACUAAAAAAAAUGAGUAGCGUUCGGGAACAUACCAAUAGUGCAGAUGAAGCUGAAACCAUCACAAGGGUGCCAAGUGUAACCUUUUUAGCUCAUCCAAGACCAGCAGGAAGAUACGAGUUAGAACAACUAAGAAAAGAAUUUCUUUUUGGGUCUAAUGAUCAAAGUAACUUAUUAUUAAUUGAUAGCCAAUCAUCCAAUUCUAAGUCAGAUUUAGUUCAAAUCAUAAAUGAUUAUAUUAGAAAACCUAGCGGAGAGGCUUCACCACAAGAUGAUUCAACAUUAGACCAUGAAAAGCUUUUAGAAAAACUUGAAGACUACAUAUCUAAAACUGUGGACGUUUCAGCUAGCUAUGGUAACUCUGAUGGUAAAAAGUCUCUUAGAUCUUACAUACUAGAAAGUGAUAACACUCAAAAAAACUUACUUGAAACGUUACGAAGAUAUUAUGCAAGAUCGACAAACCGAGAAAAAGUUAUAGGUGACAUACUAAUGGAUAGAAAAUUAUUAGAAAAUUUAUACUUUGAAUUGCGUAAAACUAGAGGGUUUUUAGGUAGAAGAAUAAUAGGAUCGUCGUCGAAUCUAGGCUUGGGAUCGUUAAACUCUUUGAGCUCAUCAUGGAAAGACAAUCAAAGAUCGGAUGACCGAAUUAACACAUCAUCUAAUGAAUACCUAAAACUAUAUAAUGAUAAAAAAAAGUGUAUGUUUUUUUCCAACAAUAAAUCAGGAUAUUUAUCCUCUCCACCCCCAAUAAUAGAAAUAGAAGACGUGGAAGACAAAUACAGAGAAAUUAGCACACAAACAAUACCUUUAGACUCAGGAAUUCUUAGUUUCAUAGAAGAAGAAAAUCGACGAAGGAUAGAAAAUCCAACUGAAGUAAUUGAUAACUCUUCUAAAGCAUCAUCUAAAACAUUGCAACGUAAAACCAGCAUAGAAAAUGAUGAUAUUUCACCUUCAGUAAGUGAUACAAUUAAGAGAUAUUUAAGAAUGGCAAGAAAAAAAAGCGUUGACUCUGAUAAAGCGGACAGGUUUAAAAGGGUCAACUAUGAUCGAAACAUUAGAAACAUAAAAGGAAAAGGUGAACCAGAUAUAUGUGAGGGUGAUGAAACUAAUAAGUCAAUACAAACAGACGAUUCUUGGCUAAUGGUGCUGAAAACUUUUGAUGAUAAUUCUGGAUCGAGAAUGACGAGCUCUAGAAGCAGUAUCGAUACUGGUACAACCUUUAGCGGGGAAGAAUUACUGUCACCUCCACUAUCCCCACCUAAAUCUCUUAAUGCCCCCGGAAUGCAGAAAUCAAGAUCUUCAACCAACGUUCAGCAGGGGUUUAUGUCCAAAAGAAUAUGGAAAGGCCGUUCAAAAAGUCAGACGAGGGCUAAUACAAUUUCAUCACCUUGGUCUCCAUUAGGAAACUGCGUAUGGCUGCAUUCUAGCGGAAAAUCAAUUCGUCUUAAAGACUCAUCUUUACUAGACCUCACUGAUAUUGAAAAAGAAAUAUUAUCGUACGUUGCCAUUAAUAAGAUUCAAGAAAUUAAUCUCGGAGUGCCAGUAAGAAUACCAACAGGAAACGUACUUUCUGGUCCUAAGAAACGAAGACCUUAUCUUUUGAAGAGAAGGGCGAACACCACCGGCAAUUUAAAAGAUAAAGAUGAAAAUGAAAGCUUGUACCCGCAUACAAUUUUCGGAGUUUCGCUAAAUGAUUGUGUAGAACAAGAACGUUCAUCAAGAUCUCAGUUAAAUGUUCCAACUGAUGCUCAGUAUGCGUCUAAAUCACAACGUGGUAGGAGUAGCUUUUCAAGUUAUAUUGAAGUUCCAAAAGAUCCAAGUGAGCGAUCACAUUCCUGUGACUCUACAGCAAACCCGCCCGUCAGUGAGUUAAUCAAGACUUUUUCAAGUUCCAGUUCAAAUGUAUUGUCCGAUACCGAUAAAGAUAAUAGUCCAAAUAAACGAAUCACCAAUUAUGGUGUUCCUAGUUUUGUCACUUCGUGUUUAAGUUACUUAGAAAACUAUGGAUUACAUAAAGUAGGAGUUUUCCGGAUAAGUAGUUCAAAGAAACGUUUAAGACAGCUUCGUGAAGAUUUUGAUCAUGGAAAAUCUUUAGAAAGCAUAUUGUCUAAAACUGAAGAUCACGUACAUGACGUAGCCACGUUAUUAAAAGAGUACUUUAGGGCAUUGCCUGACUCACUUCUAUGCAAUGAUCUAUACCAAUGUUUCAUUCAAACUCAAAAAAUCCGGAAUAGGCAUUUACAAAUUAAUGCUAUCAAACAUCUUAUUCAACUAUUGCCAGUAGCAAAUCGUAAUACACUCCAUGCUUUACUCAAGUUCCUGAAUAAUAUGGCUAAAUAUUCAGAAGACUCGAAAGAUUCUAAUGGACAUUUAGUUGAAGGCAAUAAAAUGGAUGCUAGCAACUUAGCGACAUUAUUUGCGCCUAAUAUUCUUCACAAACCUAUUAAAGAAAUAAGUUUAAACGACCUAAGUGACGAAAUGACAACGGAAAGAAGACUUGCAAUUGACGUGGUCACGUCAUUAAUAGAAAACUAUGAACAAUUAUUUAAGGUACCUGCUGAAAUUUUAGAUGAAGUGUAUGCUCAAAUGUCAGAAUCAAACCCUGAAGCCUUAGAUAAUGUGCUAAGGUUACGAUAUACAUUCAUCGAAAAUAAUAUCCAGAAUGGUUCAUCUCAGGAAUCUAAGGACUUCCUAUUGAAUGUACCUAUACCAAAUGAAGGUAGUGUUUCUCCAGACUUAGAAUUAACUAGACUUGAUGGCCAAGGGAAGAAAAUUUGGACUCGAGGAGAAUUUACCCAUCAAAAUGCUGGUAUUGGCGGACCCGAUGAUAAUGAAGAAUAUAAAUACAAACCGAGAGAACGAAAAAGCCGAAGUAAAGCAGCGACAGCAUUUUUCCCCGAUGAUGUAGAAUCAUUCACCUAUCCUGUUUUCGAACGAAUGCAUAUGAACAGAAAAACAGUAGAACACUCAAUAGCAAAUAAACCACAAUCUAAUGGAAAUCAAGUAAAUAAUGAUGAUGGUGUUAUUACUGCCAGUCUGAUGAUACCAGUUCCUGUAAAACAUUCGCCAUCGCAGUCAUUAAAUGUCGAAGAUACUGAUAUUCCAUUCAUUGAGGAUGAAAGCAGACAAAAUAAUAGUUCUGUAAUUAACUUACCUCGAGCAAUGAUUGCUUCAAUGUCAUCAGAUAGUAGCUCAAUAUCGACACCACCAACAUCACCAGACAAUGUGGCUGCUGAAUAUCACAGACGGUCUACAAAAGCUGAUACAAAAUGUAAUACAUUUCCACCAACUAAAGAUACCUUAAUAAAAGACAUGGACGCGGAACAAUUUAAAAUUGACAAAAAAUCUAAAGAGAAAGACAUUAAAUUUUAUCACAAAAUCUUAUCAAGUACCGGUCUAGAUCGAUUGUCUAAAAGCGCUAGUACAACAGGAGUCCCAAAAACGCCUUUAUACAAGGAAAAAUUCAAACAUGGUCAUGAGGAGUUAUCUACCUUGUUACCUGAAUCAUCUAAAGUAAGCUCAGGCAUAUCAAAUAUAGGUGGAGCUGUACUUCGUUCUAAAACUGCUGAUAUUGAACAUAUACUAAUGAAACAGUCUGGUUCAAAAUCACGAAAAACAAGCCAAGUAGGUUUAGGGUUAGAUAAACCUAAACGGAAAACAUCAGCAGAACCAACUAGACAUCCGUUAAGGAUGGAACCUGAUCCUAACGUAGGUGAAAGACUAGCAGGAGGUUCGACAUACCGAUCUCCGUCGCCAUCAAGAAACGUUUGGAGAAGAAAAGAUGUCAUAUCCAGUAUGCCAAAACAUAAAAAACCAUACACGUGAUUGCAUAAGGACAUGAAUUAUAUUAUCUUAAUUAAAUAAAUGACUGUACACCAGAUAACUGAAAAUAUUGUUAUAGGUGUGUUGUAAAUGAUCCCUUAAAAUAAAAAGUUUUGAAACGUACAAUUUCAGAUAAAAACAUUGACUCUUCAAACUAUUAUAAAUUCUUAUUUGGUGCUUACUAAUAAAUUUUUAUACUUUGAUUUUUUAAUUUAUUUAAUUUACUUUUUUUAUAAUUAUUACUGUGUACAGAUUAUACUAUAAAUUAAGACUCGGGCCAUCAGUGAUGGUUAGUAUAUUAAUUCGUUUGUUAUCCGAUAAGUUAUAAAAAAGACCAAUUAAAAAAAUCCUUUUACCAAAACUUUGUUUUUUUAUUAUACAUACAUAUAUUUUCAGAGUGUUUCACUUAUCAUGAACAACUUAAUUAGUUUAAAAAUAAAAAACUUUGGUUUCUUUUA